AUGUCAAACGUCGCCGUGGGUGACGUGGUGGAGGUACUCCUUGCAUCAUCACCUCUAUCAGCUGUGCUUGGAGUUGUCAAGAACCCCAGCUGUGCGGGUGCAGCGCUUGUAUCAAUAGGUGGCGGCUUUGCGCGGGAAGUACUACCGGUAUCGCACGUUGCGGUGCGGCGGUUGUGCGCGGGGAGCUCCGUGGGUCUCGCCGCCGCGGUAGGGGCGCAGGACGAGGCGGCGCAGAUUCUGCCGGAGAACACACUGUCGUCGACUUCGCCGACGUCCAGUAAGCGAGGAGGUUUGUCGUCAUCCCACAGUACAAGAGUGCCGACUGCUCCAAUCAACGCACUUGGGGUGUUCUGUGCCUUGCUCGAGUCAUUGUCGUCGUGGCGCUCUCCGGUGGCAACGCUGGGCGUAUUAUUUUUUGGUCUUCUGGCAUUUUUAACCACAAGCACGUGCUCUGCUGUCGUUGCGGUCCUCGGCAUCGGCAGCUCCUCGCCGCACUUGCACUCUCUGAUGAGCACGCUGACGCUACUGAUGAGUCUUGCUGCUCCUGCAGGAAAUCGUCCUCCACCUGCAACCGCGUUUGCGCUGCUCGGUACCGUCGCCUUGACGGGCUGCUGUGAGUGGCUGUGCCACCGCGAGGUGCAGUUGUGGUUCGUGGUCGCCGCCACAGUUGCGGCACAGUGUGUGCUGCGCGGUACACAACAACACCCGUGGAGGUUUGCUUCGAUUGUCACACGGUGA